UAGGGUUUUGGGAGGAAGAUGGCGACGAUUUCUUCUGAUAGAAUACUCAAUGAUGAUCUCAUAGUGGAAAUUCUUUCAUGGCUUCCUGUAACGAGUCUCGGACGAUUCAGGUGCGUUUCAAAGACAUGGAAAUUCCUUAUAUCCAAUACCUGUUUUGUGAAAUUACACCUUGAAAGGUCUUCCAGAAACCCACAACUCCUAUUAAUGCUGAUAAAGGAACACGAGAAGCAAUGUUUCAUUGCUUCAUUCUUCUCUGUAUCUUCUUUAAUCCAAAACCCUGUAUCCACUUUUCGUGAUAGUCUCGACCACUCCCCCAACCGCCGUAGAAUUUUAUUCGGUUCUUGCAAUGGUCUGCUUUGCACACAUGACUCUGUUUCCACCGAUGAAUCUGAAGAGCACUGGGUCAACUUUUGGAACCCUGUCACCAAGAUUUCCUCCAGAUCUUCACCAAGCUUGCGUCUCAGUUACGACACUGGUUUUCCCUAUCAUAAUAAUUUUGAGUACAACACUGAUUUUCUCCAUCGUAAGAAUUUUGGGUUUGGGUACGAUGAUCGGAGAGACUGUUACAAAGUGGUGAUAAUUCUUUUUCAUACCGGUCAACGGCGAACGAGUGUGUGGAUUUACUGCAUGGGUGACGUAUGUUGGAGACGUACUAUGAUAAAUUAUUCGACUUUUCACAGUUUUGACAGUAAUGGACACUCUCUUAAUGGCACUGUUAACUGGUUAGGCUUUUCUUCUGAAGAAUCGAGGAUGAAGCUACGAAUAUUGUCGUAUGAUCUACAUAACGAUACAUGCAGAUAUUUGUCGGUGCCUGAACUCCUCUGUAAAGAACUUUCCGCUAAUUCUAUCGGAGUUUUGAAUGGUUGUCUUUGUUUUUCUCAUUGUGGGAAGACCGACUUUGAUGUUUUGGUAUUGAAGGACGUUCGAGAUGAAACAUCUUGGACUCACUUGCUGAGUGUGAGUUAUAAGAGUCUUCAGAUCAAAGAACAUAACAGCAACCUGCGAAUUUUGUGCAUGUCUGGUGAUCUAUUGUUGCUCACAUAUUCAAAGAUGGGGUAUCGCGAUUUCAUUGUCUUUAAUUUGAAGGAUAAUAAAGUAGAACGUAUUGAAGGUAUCUUCCAGCUCCUCCUCUUUAACAUCUUCUCGUUUCACUAUGCUCCAAGCUUGAUUUCGCCUAUUUGAGACAUACAUUUAUGUUAGAUUAUGCUAGUGGUUUCAGAACUUUCUCCGUAUGGAAAUGACAGAGAUUGGUUAAUUUUGCUAUUUCCUUAAUUUGAUUUGUUUGAUGAUUGGUUCAUUAUUAAUAAAAUUU